AGAGAAGUUAAGAGCAGUAAUAGCGAUAAGCUAUCUUUCCUGAUAAGCAGCAAGAAGCAAUUUUGAUCUGUAUCUUCAACUGUCAAGGUCUACCAUUUCGCCACUCGUACCCUGGAUUACUGCGGUGUAUACGAAAGGUCAGGCAUGGGUCCCUGCACCUGGAUGGAGGACGAAACGGGAGCGAACAACUCCGCAGCACCCCGAUGGGGGUACGGGCCGGAAUCUCAGCUAGGCAUCGUCUCCAGCGAGGACGUCGGCGGGUCCUAUUUCCACCUGAGCGUGGAAAACGGAAUGCCCUGCUAUUCCACCCCCAUGCAUUCUUACAGGCCACAUCAGCCUGACAAUCAUUCGUACAGAACAUCGGCGCAAGGCAGUUCUAUAUGUAGACCGACUCACCCGGGUUUGUCAUUGCCACCACCUCCACCACCAUGGUACUCAACGGAAGGCCCGUGUCACAUCAACUCUUCAUCAUCUUGGUAUCCAUCUUCAUCAUCCAUUUCCAAUCCAUAUGCGGCCAACAAACCUCCAAAUCCGAUAGACAGUCACCAUUCACUUCAAAAACCACACCACUAUUAUUUCGGUUUCCCACCAACUCCGCCAAGCGAAGGACCUGUCGAAGUAUCACAGAUGCAAACACCAAGUUUUGCGUAUGAGGACAACAGAGGCUUUACUGGCAGACACCAAGUUGCGACACAUGCUCCAACAGGAAUAGUGCAAGAGGUUGCUCCACUUCAAGGUCAAAGCUGCUCUUGCUCCUGUCGCCAGACCAUUCCAAACCAUCAUCUGACCAAUCCACAAGUUUAUUCUCAACUUCCUCAUCGCUUCCCCACUGCCAAUCAGAAACAAAAUUUCGUUUCACCGAAUGCCGCUUCACUUCAGUUCUCCACAUCUCAAGAUACUCACCCCCAACAAAAUGUCGCCUCUGGUCCAGUAGAAAGUAACAAAAGCGAAAAUAAAAACUCACCAGAAAACAAAACGAAAAAACCCAAAGAGCUUCGCCAUAAACGACAUAAAGGAAAAACUCGAACGAAUACAGAUGGGCGCGAAUGCGUGAAUUGCGGAGCCACAUCCACGCCCCUCUGGAGACGCGAUGGCACUGGUCAUUACUUGUGUAAUGCUUGCGGACUCUACUAUAAAAUGAACGGACACAGCCGGCCGCUGGUCAAACCUAAAAGAAGAUUGUCUUCUUCCAAAAGAGUUGGGACGAGCUGUGCUAACUGCAGAACCACGACGACGACAUUAUGGAGAAGAAAUCACCAUGGUGAGCCAGUUUGCAACGCUUGUGGAUUGUAUUUUAAGUUGCACAAUAUGAGAAGACCAAUCGCCAUGAAGAAAGACGGUAUCCAAACCAGGAAUCGCAAAAUAGUAUCAAGAGGAAGGAAGAAAAAAUGUUCUUUGUCAAUGGAAGACACCAAUAAAGCAUUUUGCAGUCGAGAAUAUAUGGACUAUAAUCCAAUUCAGCAGUGUUCAAGAGUACAGCCAUAUGCUGAAAAUGAAAAUCUAAAUGGUUCAAAUUUCUUUACACCUGAAUAUGCACCUUCAUCUAAUACAAGUUUCAAUGGCAUUCAGCAGACAGGAUAUGUAUUUCACACAUAUUCACAGACCAUGAUUGGAGCAAUGACUUAGAAUACAGAUAAUUUUAUUAUUUAUUUCACGAUUAAUACACAAAACUAAUCAGAUCAGAAUUCGAGCACAUUUAUAGUGCUUUAUAAAUAACUCUCAUUAAGAUAGAAAUUACAUAUGUUUGAUAUACCUAAAAAGUGGAUGUGUUUUAAAUUAUUUCAGUGCAUUAUAUCAAUUAAUAAAAGUUAUAAAAUUUGAAUGUAAUUAAAAAAUUUUACAUACAUUUUUUUAGUAUUUUUUUAAUCAACAACUUUCUUGAAA